AUGUAUCAAGAAGACAUGAUAGAUGAAGACGAUGGCUGUGGCGGCCAAGAGCCUCGUCGUCGUCGGAACCACCCUCAGAUCAAGCAUAUUCGGCCGCGUGUGAACAAGCCGAGCUCUGUCGACGACUAUCUAAAACGCCAGGAUGGGAGACAACGCCACAGUACCGGUAGUGAAAUACUGUGGGAACUGAACCACCAUUAUGAAUUUGAAGAAAAGAAACUCCAAUUGAAACAAGAAGAAGAAGAAAAGCAGCCACCAGAAGCACAACGCUUGGACAAGGAGGUUGUCAUUGCUGCUCCACCCACACAACAAGAAUCAGGGCCGAUCAACGACGACAAUCCAAAAAUCACCGUUGGCAAGGCGAUCCCUUGGAAGAAGAAUUCGAGUCGCACCAUUGCUCGUGGCGGAGCUUCUUCUUACUAUGGAGUGUAUGUGCACGAGGUCCACUUGACGGCCACUUCUAUUUGGGUGCAAGUCAUGGCGUUGGGGGAAUGGAAUCUGCCAUCCCCAAAGUCCAGUUUGUUCUGUGUGAUUGCCGAGGGGGAAUCUUGGGACCAAUUGGCAGAGGAAGAGCAUGCCCUCAGUAAAGAACACAAAUACUAUCCCAGUCGAUUCGAUCGGGCGCAAUGGCAGCCCUCCUCCUCCUCCUCCUCUAAGACAACCAAGCAAGGAUCCUACGAAGGCACAUUGGUCUUGCCAAGAACCUUUCUGGAAACAUCCCUGAAACAGCAAGCAGACAAAGCAACACUUUGCAUGCGAUAUGCUGCCACGGCACCCUGGCACGAUGAUUAUGCCGUGAUCCAACUACUCGAGUGGAAAACUUUGUCUACAAGUACAUGUAGUAGUGGCCAUCAUCAUAAAACCUACUCUUGUCCUCGCAAGAAACAUCCCGUCCCCGUUCAAGAAGCUUGGAGGGCCAUCUUUCCACAAGAAGUAUUGGAACGGUUUCGAGCAAGAGAAGUCAAAAAGAUUUAG